AUGCUUAUGCGAAUCUGGAAUGUCUUUGCACUGGAAAUGGCACCCAAGAAGGAGAAUCAAACUAUUGUCAUACCAUUCUUUCUGGCCGGCAUGGGCACCACCACGGCGGGCAUUAUGCUGGGCAGCGUCCAGCACUGGACCGUCUACAAGCAAAUGAGCGAGCUGUUCGUGAUGGUGCCAGUGCUAUGCGGCCUCAAGGGCAAUCUGGAUAUGUGCGUGGCAGCGCGUUUCUGCACGCACUCGAAUCUGGGACACAUGAAGCACAAAGGCGACAUCUGGAAGAUAGUCAUCGGCAAUAUGGCGCUAGUUCAGGUGCAGGCCAUUGUCUGCUCCCUGCUGCUGUCCACGUUCACGCUGAGCAUCAGCUCCGCGGUGGCCCACAAGCUGAGUUUCGAUAACUUUUCGACGCUGACGGCGGCGGCCCUGGUCACAUCCAGCACCGCGUGCAUGAUCCUCGACUCGGUGCUGAUGGUUACCAUUCUGUUCUCGCAGCGCUACAGCUUCAAUCCGGACUACAUGGCCACGCCGAUUGUGGCCUCCAUCGGGGAUGUAGUGACUAUCAGUCUGCUAUCGUUCAGCGCCGCCUACAUGCACGCCCUGGGCAAGUCGUACAUGUGGAUUAGUGUUUGCGUCAUGGUCUUCUAUCUGGUGGUCUUGCUGCCCCUCUGGCUGGUAGUGGUGCUGCGCAACACCUACACCCGCCCGCUGCUCAUGAUGAGCUGGAUACCAGUGCUGGCGGCGCUGUGCAUCAGUGCGUUUGGGGGCUUUGUGCUGCGCUCGUCGGUGGAGCAGUUUCCGGGAUUCGCCAUCUUCUCGCCCAUCAUCAAUGGCAUCGGCGGGAAUCUGGUCUGCGUGCAGACCAGCAACAUGGGCACCAUCCUCUACAGACGCUCCAAGCUCGGCCAGCUGCCCAGGGACACGCGCAUCUGCGAGUGGCCUCACAGGGUGUACUUCUAUGGCACCGUCUACUCCCGCGUCUCGCGUAUUCUGAUUAUUCUCUCCAUUCCGGGCAACAUUAUUCUCGUGUACAUUGCCGAUUAUCUCUACAAGUCGCGCAUUACUGUUGGUGUCGUGUUCCUCGGUUCCUUUGCUCUGACCAGCCUGCUGCAGCUGCUCAUUCUGCUGUGGAGCGCCCACUUCCUGGUUCAUCUGUUUUGGAGGCACAGGAUCGAUCCGGACAGUUCUGCCAUUCCCUAUCUGACGGCUCUGGGAGAUGGCCUGGGCACGGGUCUGCUCGCCAUCAUGUUCCGACUGCUGCGCUCCGCCGACCAGGAAUACAGUGCCAACCAGCCUUGGCUCAAGUUCAACUUGGGCAUCUAA